GGGCCAUUAAUUCGUGUAUGUGACCGUGUAUGUGACCGUGUACGUCCUUAGGGUUCACUGAGUAAAUUAGGAUUCAGCCUUAUGUCUAUAAACAAACACAAAUACAGGUUUUUUGUGACCUAAACAAGAGGUUUCUUGCACUGCUUUGACACAACACACAAACACACAACACACACAGUCAUACACACACAUCCAUGUCAAGACUCCAUACUGCUUUAAAGUCACCGCGGAUACCCUGUCCACAACCCCGAAGCUGAUCACCAUGAGCGGGGAGAGACACAGCCGCCCAUCCCGCUAGUAAUUCGCUCAGUUUCCGCCAUGAGCUCGGACACGGAUGCAGAGACCUGGGUCGAGUGCAUGGAUGUGGCCGUCAGGACAGCGCUCAUAGCCGGCCAGUGUUCCUCUCUCCCUCUCAGAUGGUCCGGGGGUCUGUGAUGCAAGAGAAGCGUGUGAGCAGUAAAAGCACUCCUACAGACCUGGUGACAGAGGUUGACCAGCAAGUGGAGGAGGUGAUCAUCUCCACACUCAGGGACAAGUUUCCCUCACACAGGUUUAUAGGAGAGGAGUCAUCUGCUGCAGGAGAAAAGUGUGUUCUUACAGAUAACCCUACAUGGAUAAUCGAUCCAAUUGAUGGCACUUGUAACUUUGUUCACAGUUUUCCCAUGGUGGCAGUGAGCAUUGGCUUUGCAGUAAAGAAACAGCUGGAGUUCGGGGUCAUAUACCACUGCUUUGAUGGAACGUUAUACACUGGCAGGAGAGGUCACGGGGCCUUUUGCAAUGGAGUCCGACUCCACGUUUCAGAGGAGAAAGAUGUUUCCAAAGCCCUAAUUCUAACAGAGAUUGGGGCAAAGAGAGAUCCUCACACACUGGAUAUCUUUGUGGGGAAUAUGAAGCAGCUGCUCAGUACACCAGUCCAUGGAGUGAGGAUCAUAGGCAGCUCAACUCUAGCAUUGUGUCAGGUUGCGACCGGAGCGGCUGAGGCUUACUACCAGUACGGCCUGCACUGCUGGGACAUUGCUGCUGCAGCACUUAUCAUCACUGAAGCAGGUGGCUGUGUCAUCGACACAACAGGGGGUCCUCUUGAUCUCAUGUCUCGCCGUGUUGUGGCUGCUGGCUCUCGGGAGAUAGCAGAUUACAUUGUCCAGCAGCUUAAGCCAAUCAGCUACGGUCGUGAUGACGAAGACCCUUGGCCCAGUGACCGGCCUUGAGCCCUUCAUCAGCAAAUCUUGGCCUUUUACCUCAGAUCCCUACAGUCCUGCCAUGUUAUCUGCAGUGUCUUUUAUGCAAUGCUCUUUUUUUAUAGAGUUUAUAAAAGUUGUUUUUUUGUUUUGUUUUGUUUGCCACUCCACCGGAGGACUAAAGUAAUGCCUUAUAUUGCAGUGCUUUUUACUGAGGAAAUAUAUGAGUGAAUAAACUGUAGCUAAUUACUCCUGAGCAUAAGUAAAGAUUUUGGCAACUACA